AUGGAAUACGUUCUACAACAUAAUACCGUAGCCGAUACUACAAUAAAUCGUGCUACAAUCACUAAUCUACGAACAACAGCAAUCGUUUUAAUUGGAUUAUUUGCCAUUUUUUCCAUUCUUCUAAAUAUAAUCCUAUUGGUUACGAUACUCUUAAGUCGAAAACUUCGUUCAAUUCAGCUUUUUAUAUUGUUCUGUAAUUUGACUGUAUUGAAUAUAUUUGAUAUAACAUUCGGUAUGUUCAUUCCAAUUUUAUUUAUUAUCAAUGAUAAUUCGUUUUCCAAUAUGACAUUUUGUCGUUGGAAUGCAACUCUUGAACAGUUUAUUAAUUUGGAAUUGCUAAUGAGUAUAAUGUUAAUGGCUAUUGAACGUUCUAUCGUAUUAUAUUUUCCAAAUCAGUUAAUUUUCAAACGUUGGCGAACAUUAGCCAUUAUUAUUGCUUUAUGGACGAUAGGCAUUUGUUUAGCUGUACCUAUGCUUACACAUAAUAUACCUGUCAGACCUUUCAAAUUUCGAUUUAAUUGUAAUAUCAGCAGGAAAGUUCCAAUCUUAUAUCCGAUAGUAAAUAUAUUGAUUUAUAGUAGUUGUAUCAUUAUUAUAUUGAUUUGUUUCGCGGCUCUUUUGUCGCAUAAUAAUCGAUACAAAAAUCAAUCACCACCGAUGGGAUAUACAUUUGAGAUUCAUCAUGAUAAUAUAAAUUUUUCAAAACUCGUUCUACUUCUUAUCAUUUUAUUUAUCUUACUCAAUGGACCAUAUAUUAUAUUGAAUCUUUUCAUACAGAUUCAAAAUAGUACUGAAAUGAUUACCAAUGAUUAUGUUUUUAAAAUACCGCAAGAUGGAGAUAUCAUGUUGAAUUGGUUACGUUAUAUGUAUCCGUUAUUAGCACCAAUUUUGAUAUGCGUAUCAUGCGCUGAAAUAUGGUUUAACAUACAACGAUGCGUAUUUUGUCGUGGAUCGGAAGCGGUUCCAAUUCGACGAUAUACAAAUGAACAAGGUUUAUCGAUAUUUAGGAAAGAAUUUUGA